AUGGCGGAGCUCCAAUCCCUCCGCCGCCUCCCCCCCUUCCCCGUCGUCCCCGCCGCCUCCUCCACGGUAAGACCUUUUCCUCUCAGAUUCUUCUCCCGCUCCGGCCCGCCUCCCCGCCCACGCAUCCUUUGCCCCUGCGAACGCCGCAGCGACGACGGCGGCGGAGGCGCCGCCUGGGGAUCCAAUGCGGAGGGCGUCCGGCGGGAAAGGUUCAGAUUCUCAGAUAUGAAAGGAGGCGGCAGCGAUGGCGGGCCGGAGGAACCAGAGGAGGAGGGAGGGAGGUGGAGCGGCAAGAGGGGGUGGUGGUGGUCCGACGAACUGUACGACGGCGGCGAGGAGGACGCCGAUCUCCUCGACGACGAGCCCGAGCAGCCGUGGGACAAUAUCUGGAUCUUUAAGGUGAAUCGCCGAUUCCCUCGCGCCACCUGAUAUCUUUCAGUCGAACAGAUUUUAAUCCGAUAAGCCUCGCCGCCGUAAAUCCCGAUCUCCAUUGAUGGCUAAUUCGCCCGCGAUCUUCUUCCUGAUUUCGUAUUAUCAUCUGAUCUGAUGUCCUUAAACAGAGCAUCAUGCGUGAUUUAUGGAAACUUUUUACAGCUUGAACAGAGCAGCAAUCCGUCUGGAAAUUUUUUACCCUCAUUGGUUCAGUUAGGGUUUUUUCUUGGUGAUCUUGCUGCCCCUACUCCGUCUUGAUCUGCAAAACAGCGAAAACAAUUCCAGAACGAAAGAGAUGAACCUAAAAUAUUCUCUUCAAACUUCCACAGAAUCAUCGCGGAAGAUCAGUCUAUGAUCCAUCCAUGAUCGCUUUAAUCGUCCAUACAUGCCAGAUCUUUUCUCCAUCAAUCCCCGACUGAGUUCCCGUAAAUCAUAGCAUCAAUCACCAUAGUCUCAUAAUCGAGAAGCAGAGAUUCUGAUGAUCUCUCAAUAACAGAUCCAAACAGAAAUCAUGUAGUAAUCGUUGAUCAUAUGCGCAGGUCUUCAGGGCCUACGGUUACCUGCUUCCGGCGAUCAUCGCGUCUUUGCUUCUGGCGAGCGGCCCCAAGGCCUUCCUUAUGGCCCUGGCUCUGCCCCUCGGGCAGUCGGUGCUCUCUCUCGCCGUCGAUAAGCUCUGGGGUAGCAGUGCCGGCGGCAGCGGCGCAGGGGGGAGGAGGCAAUCCAGGUCCAGGAGGAAGAAGCAAUCCGAUGGCGGCGCCGCCGGCUUCAGGAGGAGAUCGUCGGAGGAGGAGAAGGGGAGCGGCUUCCGAGCAAGGGAGGCCCGCCGGCCGUGGGCAGCGCCGGAAGGGGAAUCAGCCGCCAGCGCCCAAGAUUAUGGCGGAUGGGACGAACUGUCAUCGCUGGGAGGCUGGACUCCGGGGAAGGGCGCCGUCUCCAGGAGCCCUUCCCAGGCGGCGGCGCCACCUCCGCCGGUGAGGAAGGGGAAGCUGUCGAGGAGGGAGCGAGGCGGGGAGGUGCCCCUGCUUCUGAGGCUGCUGGUCGCCAUCUUUCCCUUCCUGGGUUCCUGGACCAAGAUCCUGUAG